CCGGCGUGUGCGCGCGCACGUCUCUCCUCUCCACUGUCGGCUGAGCUGCUGUCCUCUCCAUCCACACAGAGACUAUGGCUGUUCCUCCCACAUAUGUGGAUCUGGGCAAAUCUGCCAGAGACAUCUUCACCAAAGGAUAUGGAUUCGGUCUCAUUAAACUGGACUUGAAAACGAGGUCAGAGAAUGGACUGGAGUUCAAGAGCUCCGGCUCGGCCAACACAGAGACCAGUAAAGUAGCAGGAACUCUGGAGACCAAGUACAAGUGGGCUGAACACGGCCUGACCUUCACUGAGAAGUGGAACACGGACAACACUCUGGGCACAGAGAUCACCCUGGAGGACCAGCUGACCAAAGGGCUGAAGCUUACAUUCGACUCCUCCUUUUCUCCAAACACUGGUAAGAAGAGUGGUAAGAUCAAGAGCAGUUACCAGCGCGAGCACAUUAACCUGGGCUGUGACGUGGACUACGACAUCAACGGGACGGCGGUGCACGGAGCGCUGGUGCUGGGCCUGGACGGAUGGCUCGCCGGGUACCAGAUGACCUUCGAGGCCGGCAGGAACCGCAUCACACAGAGCAACUUCGCUGUGGGAUACAAGACCGACGAGUUCCAGCUCCACACCAAUGUGAAUGACGGCACAGAGUUCGGCGGCUCCAUCUACCAGAAGGUGAACGAUAAUCUGGAGACGGCGGUGAAUCUGGCCUGGACCGCCGGGAACAGCAACACUCGCUUCGGCAUUGCAGCCAAAUACCAAAUCGACAGCGACGCGGCCUUCUCGGCCAAAGUGAAUAACUCGAGCCUUGUCGGGCUGGGAUACACUCAAACUCUGAAGCCUGGUAUUAAGCUGACCCUUUCUGCUCUUCUGGAUGGCAAGAACAUUAACGCCGGAGGCCACAAGAUGGGUUUGGGUCUGGAGUUUGAGGCAUAAGAAGCUGUGGAUUGCUCCGAUCCUGACUUCAUUUAAUAUUACACACUUUAUUUUCUAUCCCCACACCCUCACACACCUUAUUUCUCCUGAGCAGGAACACACACGGUAUACCUGGAGACAUGUAUGCAUUAGCAGCGGCUCACUUUCCCAGAGAGAAACACUAUUAGAGAAGAGCGCUCCCCGGUUUAUAAGAUGUUUUGUCUUCAACACACUCUGCGUUAUUUAUUUCAGUGUUCAUACUUUACAGAUGCUCAUUUCUUUGUGGAAGUUUACGUCAGAAAACACUAGAUUGACAUUCCUGAUCUUCAGAAAGAGAGCCUGCAGCUCUUUAUGAUAGAUUCCACACGUUUGGGUGCGUCUCAUGUCUCCGUCUGGUGUGUGUGUGCGAGUAAUCCACAUGUGUGUCGUUGUUUUAGCGCUGCAUACUACCUGCUGCGUCCGUGCAGAGCUCCUGAAAACAGAAGUGUGUGUCGGGAAGAGCACGAGUGACGUGCAGUUCUGGAUGUAGGCUUGUCUUCCAUUGUUACAUGUAGGAUUAGGAAGCUGUGGAUUUAGCAGGAUGGAGUCCUUCCUUACGUUGAAUAAAACGUUCGACCUGUAUCACACCUA